AUGGAGCAAUUACCACCAAAAGUUCCAUUAAUGAAACACAAUUGGGUAAUGCCAUUGCCAUCCUCCUCAGGCCAACAGAAUUUUUGGGUUGACGAAUUCUUCGAUUUCUCAGCCACACGGCGGAACUCCCACCGGAGGACGGUAAGUGACCCCAUUGCCUAUGUGGAGGCGUCGAUCUUGGAACAAAACCAUAAUCCAAAUGAAAACUUUAUGGAAACAUGCAACAAAAAUAAUGGGUUUGAAAGAUUGGAUGACGAGCAGAUCCGGCACAUGUUUUCCGACAAUGGCGCGAUGAAGGUAGGCUCUGCAACUAGGUCAUCCUCCAAUUCGUCGGAUCAAAAUAGCGACAAUGAUGAUAAGAAAACGCUACUGGAGAGCCACCGCGUGCGGCAGAAAAAUGAGCCUGGGGAGGUGGACAGUGUAGGCAAACCAUCAGCAGAAACUCCGCCUCCUGCCACGGCCUCCAGUUCUUUGGAUAAUGGCUCCGGGGACGCCAUUAUUGACCCAAAAAGGAUUAAAAGAAUUUUAGCCAACCGGAAAUCAGCUCAAAGGUCAAGAGUGAGGAAACUGCAAUAUAUAUUAGAGCUUGAAAGGAGUGUAACAACAUUGCAGAAUGAAGUAUCAGCAUUGUCACCAAAGGUUGCAUUUUUAGACCAUCAAAGGCUGCUUCUGACUGUGGAUAACGGUGCUCUUAAGCAGAGGAUAGCAGCAUUGGCUCAAGAUAAAAUUUUCAAAGAUGCCCACCAAGAAGCAUUGAAGAAGGAGAUUGAGAGAUUGAGACAAAUAUAUGGAGAACAGAACAUGAAGAAGAAGAACAUGGGCGAAGAAGCCAUUGUUGGUGCACAAACACCAGAAAUAAAUCAUUCCGAACAGUGA